AAGACUUUGGAGGAAGAAGGAAGCCUCUCUUGGAACUUGAGGACAUGCGGCGGCGUCCUCAACGAACUUUCCGGCAACAGAACUCCCUUCAAGAACCGAACCGAAGCCAGAAGAAUGAAGUGAGCAGCCGCGCAAGAGCCGUUCACUUGCACUGACUCCACAUCGAGGGAAGAUGCAGGCAGCGGCCGCGACUUUUGUCCUCAUGACCUCCAUCUUCUGUUUGCACGGCUUGGUGUCCUCAUCUGGCCGGGAGCGGCACCAGAAGGAUGGGGCGCCACCGCCAAAGCCCCCCAAGCAGCCGCACAUCAUCUUCAUCCUCAUCGAUGAUCAGGGAUUCAACGACAUCGGCUACCACAACCCCGCCAUCAAGACCCCCACGCUGGACAAGCUGGCGGCAGAGGGUGUCAAACUGGAGAACUACUACGUCCAGCCCAUCUGCACGCCGUCACGCAGCCAGCUCCUCACCGGAAGGUAUCAGAUCCACACGGGUCUUCAGCACUCCAUCAUCAGGCCGAGCCAGCCCAGCUGUCUUCCUCUGCACAUGGAUACGCUUCCCGAGAGGCUGCGCCAGGCCGGAUACGCCACGCAUAUGGUGGGGAAGUGGCACCUGGGCUUCUACAGGAAGGCGUGCUUGCCCACCAGGAAGGGCUUUGACACCUUCUUUGGAUCCUUAACAGGAAGUGUGGACUAUUACAGUUACGGCUCAUGUGACGGCCCGGGCGUAUGCGGCUACGAUCUCCAUGACGACGAGGGUGUGGCCUGGGGUCACGAGGGCAAGUACUCCACCACGCUCUUCACUCAGCGAGCUCGGAAGAUCCUGGAGAGCCACGCCCCCGGGGAGCGACCUCUCUUCCUGCUUUUGUCCCUACAGGCCGUUCACACGCCGCUGCAGCCUCCCAAGUCCUACAUCUACCCGUACCGCCACAUGGCUAACGUGGCCAGGAGGAAGUUUGCUGCUAUGGUGUCCACCGUGGAUGAGGCGGUAAGGAACGUCACCUACGCGCUGAGGAAGUACGGAUUCUACCGGAACAGCAUCAUCAUCUACUCGACCGACAACGGUGCGCAACCCUUCACCGGGGGCAGCAACUGGCCGCUGAGAGGCCGCAAGGGGACAUACUGGGAGGGCGGCGUCCGAGGAGUAGCGUUCGUGCACAGCCCGUUGCUACGACGCAGGAGGCGGGUGUCCAAAGCUCUUCUUCACAUCACGGACUGGUUCCCCACGCUGGUGGGCCUCGCCGGGGGAAACGUCAGCCAGAAUCUGGACGGCUACGACGUGUGGGCCGCCAUCAGCGAAGGGAAGAAGUCACCUCGGCAAGAGAUCCUCCAUAACAUUGACCCCCUGCACAAGCCCCCCACACCUGCCGCCACCUGGGACACCAGUGCAGAAGGAGCACCAGAGGAUCCAUCAAAGGCUCUGGCCUUAAAAAAGCCAAAGAAAAAGCAGCGAAUGUCAGUUUUUAAGCGACCAAAAGUCAACCUCAAAGCCAAAAACAAACAAAAGCUGCAGUCCAAGUCCCCCAAACCUCGUCUCAAAGUCCAGCACGCUUUCAACAACCAGCCAGGGAUCUCCAGUUCCAAAUCCAGAAGGACCACGUCUCAGGAGCAGAACCUGUCGUGGCCACAGACGACAAAGACCAAGCUCAAGAUGCACCUCAAGUCCAAGACGAUGUUUUCUCAUCAGAACGUGUCCCACCCAGACAAAAACACCCUGCCCACUCCGCCCCCCCAGUCUGUUUGGGACGCGUCAGUCCAGGCGGCCAUCAGAGUCGGUGACUGGAAGAUGCUAACUGGAGACCCGGGCCAUGGAGAGUGGGUCCCGCCGCAGGUUCUGCCGACACUGCCGGGCCGCUGGUGGAAUCUGGAGCGAGCCUUCUCGGCGCUCUACAGGACCUUCAAGCACAAGAACAUUUGGCUCUUCAACAUCAGCGCCGACCCGUACGAGCGGCGGGACCUGGCCGAGCAAAGACCAGACGUGGUCCAGCAGCUGCUGUCCCGCCUGGCGUACUACAACCGGACCGCCGUGCCCGUCUACUUCCCGCCCGAUGACCCCAGCGCUCACCCCGGGCUGCACGGCGGCGCCUGGGUGCCGUGGGUGGAGGAGGAGAAGGAGGAGGAAAAAUAUGAGGGCAUCUACAAGAAGGUCCAUGAGAAAAACAAGAAGAAGAGAAAGAAAUGUCGGCUCUGCAAGCUCAAGUCCUUCUUUCUUAAACUCAACACCAGGAUCAUGUCCAGUCGCAUUUGAAUGCGACAUGGAAACACUUUGAGGUAGACCUUGUUUGGACUUUUAUAAGUGACACUAAUGUGAAUGUUUUUAUUCUUAAGAUUAGGGAUGGACAUUUAGACAGUUGUUGACUCCACAGCGCCUCUGCUCGUUGCGGCCAAAACGACUCCAAAAUUUUAUAACCACCGCACGCUAGUUUUUUUUCUUUUUUUAAGACCCAAUUGAUGACCUCUAACCAUCCGUUUGUUGUGUUGUUCCGUAAGAUGUUUGUGAAUGCUUUUACACUGACAAAUGUUUGUAAUUUGUGUCUAAGUAAACAAAAAAUUCGUUUUUGCACACUGUGAAAAUAAACAUUGCAUCACUCUGUGAUUAAAAUGGCCUAUUUUAUUAGCGCCAAGAAAUCCAACAUGGCC